UGGAGCGGGGUGCGGGCUCUGGCCAUGGCGGGUGGCGGUGCGGGCCGGGCGCUGCUGCUGCUGCCGGCGCUGCUCCUGGCGGCCGGAGCGCUGGGCAAGCCCACGGCGCGGCAGGAGCGGGCGCGGCCCGGAGCCCAGCACGACGACCGGCCCGGCUUCCAGUACGACCACGAGGCCUUCCUGGGCAAGGAGGAGGCGCGGAGCUUCGACCAGCUGAGCCCGGAGGAGAGCCGGGAGCGCCUGGGGAAGAUUGUGGAUAGAAUAGAUGACAACAAAGAUGGCUAUCUCACAACAGAGGAGUUAAAAACCUGGAUUAAGCGGGUACAGAAACGCUAUAUCUAUGAAAACGUGGCUAAAGUUUGGAAAGACUAUGAUCUAAACAAGGACAAUAAAAUUGCCUGGGAAGAAUACAAACAAGCCACAUAUGGUUAUUAUCUAGAAAAUCCAGAAGAAUUCCAAGAUGCAGCUGAUCCGCACAGUUUUAAGAAAAUGCUGCCCAGAGAUGAAAGACGAUUCAAAACUGCAGAUCUGGAUGGAGACUUGGCUGCCACUCGUGAAGAAUUCACUGCUUUCCUCCACCCAGAGGAGUUUGAGCACAUGAAAAACAUUGUUGUCCUAGAAACCUUGGAAGACAUAGACAAAAAUGGGGAUGGUUUUGUGGAUCAAGAUGAAUACAUUGCUGACAUGUUUGCAAAUGAAGAGGGUGGACCAGAGCCUGAGUGGGUGAUUACAGAACGUGAACAGUUUGCAGAUUUUCGUGACCUCAACAAGGAUGGAAAGAUGGACAAAGAUGAGAUUCAGCACUGGAUUCUCCCACAAGACUAUGAUCACGCCCUGGCUGAAGCCAGGCACUUAGUCUAUGAGUCUGAUGUAGACAAGGAUCAAAAACUAACGAAAGAGGAGGUUCUUGACAACUGGAACAUGUUUGUUGGAAGUCAAGCUACUAAUUAUGGGGAGGACCUCACAAGAAACCACGAUGAACUAUGAUAGGAAUACUAACCAGGAUGCUACAACCCCUUUCCUCCACUUUACUGAAAUCACUGUGCCCAUCCCUUCUUUCAGGGGCAGAUGGGCAAGGGACACUCACAACUGAAUGACUUGCAUUAAUAUAUUUUUAACAUGCCAGCUUAUUACCUCAGAAAGCGCUUAGAAAUAGCUUUUUACUCUUUUCAGAUGGUUAAAUACAAUAUAUAGUUACUACAGUUUUAUUUUUGAAAAAAUAAAAAGGUAACUUCUCUGAGUAGAUUAGAGCCUGACAUGGAAAAGGCACUUCUAAAAAAACAUAAUUGCAAGGAGGUUUAAUAGUGAAAUAUUUUCUUCAAAUCUUUUACCAUAGUGAAAUGCAGCUAGGGUUAGAAAAAAACCUAAUGUUUAACCAGACUAAGUUGUUGUCUUUUUUAAUAGCAUAUGACAAUUUCAAGUUAAGACUUUGAUCCAGAGAAGAGGUUUGAUACAACCUUUGUCUCCACACAGCUUUUGUCUCCCACUUUGGGUCAGAGGUGCUGCAGAAGGUAUCUGGUGCAGCUGGCCCUUCUCUCUGACCCCCCAUCACAGAGCAGAAGGGAUGUGGAGUUCAGAGGGCCAGCUGCUCAUUCCGACAGACGACAGGGUGACUUCCAGCUGUUUGGGGGCUGUUGGUUACGCUGUUUCCUGGGAGGAAUUAUGCCACACGGAGCAUAAUUUACCUCACGCUUUUCGCACUUUACCCGAGCCGCGCACUUGUUCGUGCAGUGUGAAUGGCAGCAGCUCUGUGAUGGAGAAAGAACGAGACAUAUCACCCCUCUGGGCCUUCUGCCUCCUCUGCCACAUGAGAGGACGGAUUUAUGUGGCUAAUGUUCUGGGUUUGUAUGUAUAUACCUAUAAGUACGUGUUACUGAAGCAACUCCACAAAGACAGCUCUCCUUCCCAAAAAGGGGGUAAGCUUUCCACACAGGUGCUUUCUUUUUUUACUGUAAAAUGUGAGCUGUUACAUGUAUAUUUUUAUAUACCCAAGUUAGAUAAGUUUGGUUGGUUUCAAAUGUACCGGUUUUAAAAUAAGCACAAUAAAAACCAAUACUUCUUUUUGAUACUGUGAAGGUGCAAUAACACUAACACGGACUAACACAGAGAGAGGAUGUGAAAGCACAAACCAAGCCUCUAAAGCCAGUAGUUCCCAAAGGACUGGGUCAUUGGCAGCUCCUGCCACACUGGGUGGUCAUCUACAAACAGCAGUUGGAUGUACAGCACCAACUGUUUCUUCUUCACUUCAAUUAAAAAAAAAAAAAAAAAAAAAAAGAAAAGCUAGAAAGAAGUCCAAUAUGCUAUAACUAGAAUUAUUUCUGAACAAGAAUACCUGGGAG